AUGGCCGCCACGUCGCGCCCCCUGGCACGCGUGCCAUCCGCGUCGGACAAGCCGCCGCUGCCGCCCGUCGACGUGCCGCAGGACGCUGCAACAACAGCGGCAGCGGCGCCGCUGCCCCGCCGCUCGCUCUUCCAGCUGGCACUGCAGCAUGCACUGAGCUCCUGGGGCACGCGCAGCUACGAGUUUGCGGCGCCGCUCUUCUUCAUCCACGCCUACAGCGCCUCGCUGCUCGCUGCCUCGCUGUAUGGCUGUCUCACGACGCUCGCCGCCAUCCUGCUCGCCGGCAGCGCCGGCCGGCUCGUCGAUGUGUACGCGGCGCGCAAGCGGGCCAUGCUGCGUGGCGCCGUCGCGGUGCAGAGCGUGGCGCUGGCGGCGGCCUACGCUCUCUUUGCUACGCUGCUCAACGUCGAUCAUCUCGGCCGGAACGCUGAGAACGCCGGAACGGGGCCAGAACGGGGCAGUCCGAACGCCGACGUCUGGACGCUCUUUGCCGCCAUCACAGCCGUCGGCUGCGUGGUAACGCUCGCCAACGUGAGCGUCAGUGUCUCGAUUGAGCGCGACUGGGUCACUUCCAUCGCCGCACACGACUCGCGCACGCUGUCACGGCUGAACGCCAUCAUGCGCCGCAUCGACCUGCUUACCAAGCUUCUGGCGCCACUCUUCGUCUCGCUGCUAACCAGCACGGCCGGCUAUCCGCGCGCCUGCUUCAUUCUGCUAGGCUUUGCGCUCGGCGGCGGACUCUUGCAGCUGCUGCUCAUCGGCCGCACCUAUGCCUGCUUCCCGGCGCUCGCGGCGGACGAGGCGCGCGUGCGGGCACUCAAGCUCGAGCAGCAAGAGCCGAGUCCCUCGCCGGACGUCGCGAUGGCGCAGAGCUAUCCGCCUCGCCGCGUGGCACGGGCACAGGCAGGCGUGCGCAGCUGGCUGCAAGGCCAGGUCUCCGACUGGCGCGUCUUUGUGCGCAUGCCCGUCUUUCCCAGCUCCGUCUCGCUGGCGCUGCUCUACAUGAGCGCCCUCUCGUUUGACCCGGCCUUCAUCGGCUACCUCAAGAGCGAGACGUACUACUCGGACGCCAUGGUGGCGGGGAUGCGCGGCCUGUGCGUCGUGACGGGGCUGGGAGGCACGUUCCUGGCGCCAUAUCUCAUCUCGCGCAUCGGUCUGACUAGGACUGGCACCUGGGCGCUGGCGAUGCUGCUUCUUCCCCUGCUGCCCACGCUGCUGGCGCUCUUCCUCGGUGCCGGUCCCGGGCGCGAGCGGCCAGCAUGGAACGGCGCCUUGCUCUUUGGCGGCAUGGCUGCAAGCCGCGUAGGCCUCUGGAGCUUCGACCUGGCGCAGCUGCAGAUGGUGCAAGAGGCCCUCUCGACGCAUCCGCGCCGCAACAGCCUCAUGGCGCUGCAGGUCUCGCUGCAGAAUCUCUUCGACCUGGGACACUACGGCCUCACGAUUGGCUGGUCGCUGCCGUCGCAGUUCAAAUACGCGGCGCUCACGUCGUACUGCGCCCUGCUGGCGGCGGGCGUCAUCUACGUGGGCGUGUACGCGCGGCGCGAUCGCGGCCAUGUGCUGCAUCUGGGCUGGCUGCGCCUGCACGACACCAAGAGCCGCUGA